GAUUAUAAUUAAAUAUUCUCGGAAUUUUUCAUGUAAAAAAAAAUAAUAAACAAAUAUUGAUUGUUCAUUCAAUUAUCGAGAAAGAGAGCAAUGAGCUGGCGUCAUUCAACAACUUUACAUUCAAUGGAAAAAAAUCAUACCAUUACAACCAUUGAAAAUACGGGAAUUUCUAAUAAUAAUAAUAAUAACGAUAAUUCAAAAGAAUUUCCAUUAUUAUCAUCACCCAUAUCAUCAUCAGAUGAAUUUUAUAAACAACGUCGACAACAGCAAUUGUGUCGAAAUAUUUUACAUCGUUUUCCUGGUCGUGUACCGGUUAUUGUCGAGAAAUUGGAAACAACUCCAAAGAAUUUUAUUAUUAAACCAAAUUCAAAAAAAAAUCUAGGAUCAAUAAUGAAUUUUAAUAAGAAGAAUAAAAUUUAUUCUCCAUUGAAAACAACAACAACAACAACAACCAUGAUGAAAGAUAAAAAACGAUAUAAAUUUCUUGUACCAUAUGAUUGUACUGUUGGACAAUUUCAAUGGAUAUUAAGAGAUAAAAUCGAUGUAAUGGCAUCAUCAAAUCGUGCCAUAUAUCUGAUUGUCAAUCGUACAUUACCACAUGCAUCAUGUUUGAUUGGAGAAUUAUAUCGUCAAUAUCAAGAUAAUGAUGAUGGCUAUCUAUACAUUCGUUAUAGUGAUGAGAAUACAUUUGGAUCAUCAUCAUCAUCAUCAUCAACGCCAUUGAUGCAAUCACAAUCACAAUCAUCAUCAUCAUCAUCAACAUGGACAUUGAUUUUCGCAUUUUUUACCACAUUGUGUCAAAAGCUAUUAUGAAAAAUAAUCAAAAUGAUGAUAAUGACAUGUUUCCAAUAGUAGAUGAAAUGAUAUAUAAUAUAUAUAUUUGUCAGGCAAGAGAAAAAAAAACAAGAAAUUCAUUUUCACAUGUUAUUAUAUUAUUAAGAAUUCAAUUGUACUCAUUGUUUAUGUUUGUAUGUUUUUUUUUCAUCUGUCAAGUC